AUGAUUUUGGAAACUAAUGGGAAGGAUAAGAAGACUAUUGAGAAGUUCAAAGUUAAUGAAGAUGAUGAGAGAGUAGUGAUAAUAAAUGACGAGAUUGAAGAGGGACAGAUAGUAGAGCAGUGGUUGGAUACGACGCAGGGUAUGACUAGUAGAAGUCCUACAAAAAGAGCUCUGAAAUAUGGAGAGUUGAAACUUUUGACCCCUUCAAGAUACGAGGUGCUUAAUGAAGUCAAUGAAAACGGGGAUUUGAUUGAUCAAAAUGAGAAGCAAAAAGAGAUUGUGAUAGAAGUAAGUGAAGUGGAAGAAAAGGAGGAAGAAGACAUAAGUAUAAUAUUAGUGAAUAAUGAAGAUGUCAUAAGUGAGAUAGAAGCUCAGAAAGAAGAUGGUAGAUGUGUAACCGAGACUAAUAAGGAGGAAGAAGGAUGCGAAAUAGAAGCAAAUAAAGAGGUUGAGAGUAAUGAAGCUAAUAAAGAGAAUGAUAUAAGGGAUGUUGAGAAUAACAUGGAGGAAGUUCAAAAAGAAGAAAUGGUAAAAUCUCCCACGUAUUGUGAGAUUGUGAGGAGUGAUGCUGGAAAGGUAACUCCACAUAAGUCUACUAAUGCUGAGAAGGAAGAUAGAAGAGAGCUAUGGGAGGAUAUCAAAGCUCAUCAAGAUUCGGCAAUGUUUAGAGGGAAACAAUGGAUUAUUAUGGGGGAUUUCAAUGAGAUUCUUGAUGGUGAGGAACACUCUAGCUAUCAGGAUUCGGGGCUCAGUAGUGAAGGAAUGCGGGAAUUUGAGAGUGCAGUUCAGUAUUGUAGACUUAUGGAUCUUGGAUGUCAAGGACCAAAGUUCACUUGGUGUAACAAACGUCAGGAAGGGCUUAUUUGCAAAAAAUUGGAUCGGUUUUUGGUUAAUGAUAUUUGGCUGCACAAACAAGAUAAAUCUUAUGGAAUGUUUGAAGCGGGGGGUUGUUCUGAUCAUUUGAGAGGAAGGUUUCAUCUAAAAGCAGAAGCAGUGGGGAAGCGGAGGCCUUUCCAGUUCACAAAUGCGGUCGCAGAGACACCGGAAUUUCUAAAGUUGAUUGAAGACUACUGGAAAGAUACUCAACCUCUAUUUCAAUCAACUUCAGCUCUUUUCCGAUUUUCAAAAUCUCUCAAAGGUCUGAAACCUCUCCUCCGAGGAUUGAGUAAGGAUAAGUUAGGGGAUUUGACUAAGAGGGUUACAGAAGCUUAUAACAAUCUAUGUGAGAAACAAGAAAGGCUGCUCAUGGGGCCGUCAGGUGAGACUAUUAAGGAAGAGUUGCUGGCAGCAGAGAGAUGGCAAAGGAUUUCUGGUAUUGAGGAGAAGGUGAUAAAACAGAGGUCUAAGAUGCAUUGGUUGCAGCUGGGUGAUGGCAACAAUAAAGUCUACCAUAACGCAGUAAAGGUGAGGGAGACAAGGAAUGCGAUUAGAGAGAUCAAAUGCCCAUCUGGUUGUGUGGCAACAUCUCACGAAGAUAUCAAAAAUGAAGCAGAGAGAUUCUUCAAUGAGUUUCUGUCUUAUGAGCCGCCAGAAAUACAAGGAGUUUCGGUAGAGGAGAUGCAACAACUAUUAACUUUUCGUUGCUCUAACGAAGAAAGGGCUCAGCUGACAAAGACAGUUUCAAGUGAAGAGAUCAGAGAUGUAUUAUUUCGAAUGCCAAAUGACAAAUCUCCGGGUCCAGAUGGUUAUACAACGGAAUUUUUUAAAGCGUCGUGGAGCAUUAUUGGAAAGGAUCUUACUAUAGCAGUUCAAUCCUUCUUCAGUAAAGGUUUUCUCCCCAAAGGCUUGAAUACAACUAUAUUGGCUUUGAUACCCAAGAAAGACAAUGCAACUGAGAUGAAGGAUUAUAGGCCAAUAUCAUGUUGCAAUGUCCUAUACAAAGUGAUAUCCAAGAUCAUUGCUAAUAGGUUAAAAGGUACUCUCCCUAACUGCAUCUCUCAUAAUCAGUCCGGUUUUGUUAAAGAUAUGCUGUUAAUAGAGAAUUUGCUACUAGCAACAGAAAUAGUUAAAGACUAUCAUAAAGAGGAUGUUUCACCUAGAUGUGCUCUGAAAAUUGAUAUUGCAAAGGCUUUCGAUUCUGUUCAUUGGCCUUUUCUACUGAACACUUUGAGAGCUUUAAACAUUCCGGAGCAGUUUGUACAUUGGAUAGAGCUCUGCGUCUGUACUCCUUCAUUUUCUGUCCAAGUUAAUGGAGAGCUAGCAGGUUUUUUUCAGAGUAAAAGAGGGCUGAGGCAGGGGUGUGCUUUGUCGCCAUACUUGUUUGUUAUUUGCGUGGAUGUUUUAUCUCAUCUUCUGGAUAAAGCAGCUUCUCAGAAGAUUAUUGGCUAUCAUCCUCGUUGUCAAAACAUUCCACUCACUCAUUUGAGUUUCGCAGACGACUUGCUUGUAUUCACAGAUGAUACUAAACGCUCUAUAGAGAAUGUUCUAAAAAUCUUUGAAGAUUUUGCUGCUAUGUCUGGUUUGAGGAUCAGCUUAGAGAAGUCCACAUUAUAUACAGCGGGCUUAUCUGAUAAUCAAGAAGGUGAUAUCCUAAACGCUUUUCGUUUUGCAUCAGGGGAGCUACCGGCAGAUUCUUGUCUUAUUGGGGCGCUUACAGUUAAUCAGUUCUGUUAUUACGAGUAUGGUGAAUUUCUGGAUGUCAGCAUUCAGACUCCUAAUAGUUGCUUAAAGGAAAUUGAAAGCUUGUAUUCAGCAUUCUUAUGGUCUGGUCCAGAUUUAAAAACGAGCAAGGCUAAAGUAAGCUGGAAGGAUGUGUGUUUACCUAAGCAGGAGGGUGGAUUGGAGCUCAGACCACUGAAGGAAAUUAAUGUUGUUCUUGGUCUGAAGCUAUUAUGGAGGUUAUUUUCUGCUCGGUCUUCUUUAUGGGUAAAGUGGAUACACUGUUAUCUGAUACGAAAGGGUUCUUUCUGGUCGAUGAGAAGCAAUGCAAAUGGAUCUUGGAUGUGGGGAAAGAUUCUGAAGCUUAGAGAACUUGACAGGUCCUAUCUUAAGAUGGAAGUAAAUAAUGGAAAGCACACGUCGUUUUGGUAUGAUUCUUGGUCUCAUUUGGGUUAUCUAAAAGGACGGUUGGGAGACAGAGGAACGAUUGAUCUCAGAAUAAAGGAGAAUGCGUUAGUAGCGGAUGUAUUGAGUAAUCAUCGUAGUAGAAGGAACAGGCUGGUGAUUUUUAAUGAGAUAGAAGAUGAGAUUAACAAGAUGAGAGCUAAUAUCAGUCAAGAUGAUGAUAUACCGCUUUGGAGGCAAAAAGAUGAUAGAUUUGCUAAUCAGUUUUCCACGAAGAAGACUUGGUUGUAUAUGCGUCAGUCUCAACCAAAUUGUAAUUGGAGCAAGGGCGUGUGGUUUUCUCAAUGCACUCCGAAAUACACGUUCAUAGCAUGGGUAGCCAUUAGAAAUAGAUUGCAAACCUAUGACAAGAUGCAACUAUGGAAUGCUACAAUAGAUACAGUAUGUGUGCUGUGUCAAGAAGAGCGGGAGAUUUGUCAGCAUUUGUUUUUCAGAUGUCGAUUCUCUGCAAAAAUCUGGGAAACUCUGGUUGGUGGAAUCAUGAAAGAGGCUUUCACUACUGACUGGAAUGUGAUUCUGGAGCUGAUAGCUAAUCCUAGAGGCACAUUGACAGAAGGUUUUCUUCUCCGGUAUACAUUUCAAACGCUGAUCCAUAGCAUUUGGAGAGAGCGUAACGGCCGUAAGCAUGGUGAACAACCAAAGGAUGAGACAGUUAUGAUCAGAUGUGUUGAUAGAACAAUUCGAUUGAAAUUACUAGCAGUAAAGGGGAAAGGGAAGAAGUGCUUUGAAGAAAGUUUGAGAAUAUGGUUUGGAACAAGAGCACAAAGCUCUGUUCAGUCUGAAGUUUAA